AUGGUUAUUUCAGAUAAGGAAGAUGCGUUUGUGAUCCAGCCAGUGCUGGAUGGAGCCCAAGCACCGCAACAGGAGAGCGGCCCCCGCUCUCCACAACCAGAGAAAGUCCACGUGCAGCAGCAAAGACCCAGCAGAGAAAAAAGUAAGCAGGAAAUUCACAGGAGGUCCGCUCGGCUCAGAAACACUAAAUACAAAUCUGCUCCAGCUGCUGAAAAGAAAGUUUCCACUAAAGGGAAAGGGAGAAGACAUAUUUUUAAAUUAAAAAAUCCCAUCAAAGCUCCUGAGUCUGUUUCCACCAUAAUCACUGCAGAAUCAAUCUUCUACAAGGGAGUCUAUUACCAGAUUGGAGAUGUUGUUUCUGUAAUUGAUGAACAAGAUGGAAAGCCCUACUAUGCUCAGAUCAGAGGUUUUAUCCAGGACCAGUACUGUGAGAAGAGUGCGGCGCUGACGUGGCUCAUUCCCACCCUGGCUAGCCCUAGGGACCAGUUCGACCCUGCGUCCUACAUCGUGGGACCAGAGGAGGAUCUUCCAAGGAAGAUGGAAUACUUGGAAUUUGUCUGUCAUGCACCUUCUGAAUAUUUCAAGUCACGUUCAUCACCAUUUCCCACAGUUCCCACCAGACCAGAGAAGGGCUAUAUAUGGACUCACGUUGGACCUACUCCUGCAAUAACUAUUAAGGAAACAGUUGCCAACCAUUUAUAGUUUAAAAAGUAAACCUGGAUUUCCAGUUCCCUUGUAUUUGUACCACUGUAAGACAUGCCACAUGUUUAAUGAAAUUCUUGGAUGGAAAAAUGACUAAAGUAAUCACUAGGUUGUUUAUUAGUAGUCACUUAGAAAAUUAAAAGAGAAAAGAAUUAAAUAUAUUUUGAAAUGAAGUAUUACACACACAUUAAGUGUGUAUAUCCUCCCAGGCAAAUACUGUCAUUUCUAGGGAGACUAUUAGCAACAGGUAGUGUCUAUUUUUCUCCUUAAUUUAUUUCUAGAAACUCAUAAAAUGGAUUGUAUUUUUCUAUAAGAAUAAAAUAUUAAUUAAGAUAUAAAUUUCUAACCAAGGGCUAAA